AUUUUUUUAUUUUUUGUUGUCUUUUGUUUUUUUCAUGGAUGAAGAAAUUUCUUGAUUGAUAUGUUUCUUUUACCUGUAUCGGUUUGAAUUUUGAUGGCGCUUGUCAUAUUCAUCAUUGAAAUUUUGAGCACAACCAUCUGGGUUUCCAUUUCAGAACUCGAUUUUCAGGUUCGGGAGUUCACACUUGGAUGUUGAAAUAAUUGGGUUUGUGUUCUUCCAUGUCCUCAAAGGGUUUAUGGUGUCUACAAGAAAUUUCACACCUGGAUUUAAAAGAAAUUCCAUUCAUACCAUACCAUUGAUGGUGGAGGAGAAAGAUUAUGUUUGAUUUGUGGCAAAAGUAGGAUUUGUUUGAUGAAAUGCCGCACAGAGGAGCCAUUGAUUGGUUGGUAGAGAAGAAAAUCGGACUUGAUUUGAAAAGAGUCACAUGCCUUCCACUGAAUGCCCCAAAAGUUGUUUUGGUGGCACAGAGGAGUAAUGAAAUUAUUUCUCCUUUUUCUUUCUCCCCCUUCCUUUUUUAUUGGUUUGCUACACCUUUCACUGUGGCCUUCAUUGCGUGUGUGAAUGGGUUGUGGGCUUCAAUUGUCAAACCAUUUACCUAAAAUCACCCGUAAGAGUGCACUAGGAUCUAAGUUACCAUUACAACCACCAAACUAGACUGGUCAAAUAGGACAAUUUUGAUUAGUCAAAUUUCCCAUCUUUACAUUGAUGGUCGAAGAAUGAAGUGAUGAACGAGACGGCUAAAGAAGCUUCUCCAGGAAAUUAACUAAUCUUCCUUUUACAAAUUCAUGUUUCUGUCUUCAGAUGAACCAUUGCGGCACUUGGGGUUGUGGGAUGGACGCCAGCUGCAGAUGCCCAACGGCUGUUAUUCUUUUCUUGCUCUCCAUUUUCUACUCUCUGCCAUCGUUUUGUUAUGCAGCCAACACCCUUACACAAGGCCAGUCCAUCAGAGAUGGAGAGACCGUGAACUCCAGCAGCCAGCACUUUGCACUGGGAUUCUUCAGCCCUGAGAAUUCUACUUCACGAUAUGUUGGAAUAUGGUACAACAAGAUUGAAGGACAGACUCUGGUAUGGGUGGCUAAUAGGGACUCGCCAAUCUCUGGUACAGAUGGGGUUUUAAGUUUAGAUAAGACUGGGAAUAUGGUGGUUUUUGAUGGAAAUGGGAGUUCUAUCUGGUCAAGUAAUGCUUCAGCUUCAUCUAGCAACUCAACGGCAAUUCUUUUGGACACUGGAAAUCUAGUUCUUUCAAGCAGUGAUAAUGUUGGAGAUACUGAUAAGGCCUUCUGGCAGAGCUUUAAUAGCUCGACGGAUACUUUCUUGCCUGGCAUGAAAGUGCUUGUAGAUGAAACAAUGGGAGAGAACCGUGUCUUCACAUCUUGGAAAACUGAGGUUGAUCCUUCACCGGGAAACUACACCAUGGGGGUGGAUCCCCGGGCAGCACCACAGAUAGUCAUAUGGGAUGGAUCUAUUAGGUGGUGGAGAAGCGGCCACUGGAAUGGACUGAUAUUUACUGGUAUUCCAGACAUGAUGGCUGUUUAUUUAUAUGGCUUUAAGUAUACCACUGAUGAGGAUGGAAAAUCUUAUUUCACAUAUACACCAUCCAACAGUUCUGAUCUAUUGAGAUUUCAGAUAAGGUGGAAUGGCACGGAAGAGCAGCUAAGGUGGGAUAGUGAUAAAAAGAAAUGGGGUGUGAUGCAAUCGCAGCCUGAUAAUGAAUGUGAGGAGUACAAUAAGUGUGGGGCUUUUGGGAUAUGCAGUUUUGAAAAUUCUGCCAGUUGCAGUUGUUUGGAAGGGUUUCACCCCAGGCACGUUGAUCAAUGGAAUAAAGGAAAUUGGUCCGGUGGAUGUGUUAGGAGGACACAAUUACAGUGUGAUAGGAGUACCAGUGCAAAUGGGACUGGGGAAGGAGAUGGGUUUCUGAAAGUGGAAGGGGUGAAGUUGCCAGAUUUUGCAGAUAGGGUGAAUCUGGAUAACAAGGAGUGUGAGAAGCAGUGUUUACAGAAUUGUUCGUGUAUGGCAUAUGCUCAUGUGACUGGAAUUGGCUGCAUGAUGUGGGGCGGAGACUUGGUCGAUAUCCAGCAUUUUGCUGAAGGGGGUAGAACAACUCUUCAUCUUCGUCUAGCAGGUUCUGAACUAGGUGGCAAGGGCAUAGCUAAACUUGUAAUAGUAAUAAUUGUGGUAGUGGGAGCAGUCUUCUUAAGCCUAUCCACUUGGCUACUAUGGAGGUUCAGAGCAAAACUGAGAGCAUUCUUAAAUCCGGGGCAGAGAAAAAAUGAAUUGCCAAUACUAGAUGUGAGCAGUGGAAGAGAAUUUUCAAAAGAUUUUUCAGGAUCAGUUGAUCUUGUUGGAGAAGGGAAGCAAGGAAGUGGAUCAGAAUUGCCGUUGUUCAAUUUCAAGUGUGUUGCAGCUGCUACAGGCAACUUUUCUGAUGAAAACAAACUUGGACAGGGGGGAUUUGGCCCUGUCUACAAGGGAAUGCUACCAGGGGGAGAAGAAAUAGCCGUAAAGAGGCUUUCAAGAAGGUCUGGACAAGGCCUAGAGGAGUUUAAGAAUGAAAUGACACUAAUUGCCAAGUUACAACACAGAAACCUUGUUAGACUUUUGGGCUGUUGCAUUGAAGGCGAAGAAAAGAUGCUGCUUUAUGAGUACAUGCCAAACAAAAGCUUGGAUUUCUUUAUUUUUGACCCAGCCAAGCAAGCAGAACUAGACUGGAGGAAACGCUUCACAAUCAUCGAAGGGAUAGCACGAGGACUCCUGUAUCUUCAUCGUGAUUCAAGACUAAGAAUUAUUCAUAGAGACAUGAAGGCUAGCAACAUUUUGUUGGAUGAAGAAAUGAACCCAAAAAUCUCGGACUUUGGUAUGGCCCGAAUUUUUGGAGGGGACCAAAAUGAAGCAAAUACAACCCGAGUUGUUGGCACAUAUGGCUAUAUGGCUCCUGAGUAUGCAAUGGAAGGCCUAUUUUCUGUAAAAUCUGAUGUCUAUAGCUUUGGAGUUCUACUGUUAGAAAUUGUAAGCGGGCGGAGGAACACCAGCUUUCGUUUAACUGAACAUUCCAACCUUCUUUCAUUUGCAUGGCAACUUUGGAAUGAAGGAAAAGCAAUGGAGUUUGUGGAUUCUUCAAUUCGGGAUUCAUGUUCACAGGAUGAAGUGUUGAGAUGCAUAAAGGUUGGAAUGUUUUGUGUCCAAGAUUCUACAAUUUACCGGCCUACCAUGUCAACAGUGGUGUUAAUGUUGGAAAGUGAAACUGCAACUCUUCCAAUGCCCAGACAGCCAACUUUUACUUCAACGAGGAGCUCUAUAGAUUUGGAUUUAUUUUCAGAAGGUCUUGAAAUUGUAUCCUCAAACAAUAUUACAUUAAGUGCCGUGGUUGGAAGAUAGCUUUUUGGUUUUUCUUGAGAUUCUUUGGAUUGGAUUGGAUUGGAGGCUUUUUCAGUUUUGUUUUCUGAUCUAAGUAUGUACAUUAGCCAAUACUAUUUACUUUACACCAUGUGUUGUAACUAUUGUAGGAAAAGAGAAAGUUAUAUCCCUAAACGAUGCUCUAGUAGUGUUUGUCGGUGGAACUUGUUGAGCUUUUUUAUUUUUUGUUGAUCUUCUUUUUCAUAUAAAGGAUGAUUAUUUGUAUUUAAGACU